GUUUUGGUACAAAAAUAAAAAAAGUAAUUAUUUAGAUAUAGAAGAAGAUGAUUAUCAAGCAUUAGUAAAAUAUCUCACUGAAUUAAAUCUAUCACCUGAAUAUGAUGAAGUACAAGAUUGCAAAUUAAAGGCUUAA